AACGUAUUGGACAAAGAUAACAAAAACAUUUGAUUUCUGAACGUAAAACAGGGGCGUAAAAUAAUCCGCCAUCUUGUCCCAGUGACAAUUUAGGAUUUAAUUUAGUUUUUAACCCGUCUUUUUUCAAUUAAUCCGAUAGUUAAAGUGAUAUUUUGUGAGCUGUGGUGUGUUGAAAAAGCCUGUGAUAUUUUUGUGUACAAUUAUUUUUGUUUAUCAUAAGAAUAUCUUGACAUUGUUAGUUGACCGAUUUUGACGUCGAACGAACAACUAGAAUACCUAAUCAAAAUGGGUACAAGAGAGGACGAAUACGAUUAUUUAUUCAAAGUUGUUUUGAUUGGCGAUUCUGGUGUGGGAAAGAGUAGUCUCCUAUCACGUUUUACUAGAAAUGAAUUUAAUUUAGAAUCAAAAUCUACAAUAGGGGUGGAGUUUGCAACAAGGAGUAUAGAGGUGGACGGCAAAACCAUAAAGGCGCAGAUAUGGGACACGGCGGGGCAGGAGCGCUACCGCGCCAUCACGUCGGCGUACUACCGCGGCGCGGUGGGCGCGCUGCUGGUGUACGACAUCGCCAAGCACCUCUCCUACGAGAACGUGGAGCGCUGGCUGCGCGAGCUGCGCGACCACGCCGACCAGAACAUCCUCAUCAUGCUCGUGGGCAACAAGAGCGAUCUCAGGCACCUUAGGUCAAUCCCAACAGAAGAGGCGAAGGCAUUCGCGGAACGGAACGGGCUAAGUUUUAUUGAAACGUCCGCCCUCGACUCCACCAACGUGGAGCCGGCAUUCCAGAACAUAUUAACCGAGAUCUACAGGAUCGUCUCCCAGAAGCAGAUGCGCGACCCGCCCGAGGGCGACGUGAUCCGGCCCGACGCCGAGCCGGCCGACGUGCGGCCGUCGGGCGCCGACUCCGUGCGCAAGCAGUGCUGCCAGUAGCGCCAGAGUCCAGUUAAUUUUGGAGCGCAAGGGAGAAAUGAACGGAAUACAAAACGCAAGUUAAUGAAUCAUUCCCAAGACAAACAAGGUCUAAUCUCUAAAAAUAUCACGUUGCCGGCUCGGAGAGUACCACCAUUUGUUACGAAUUCGCUAAUGUACUGUUUCGUUUUAUGGAAGUUUCUAGAUUUACACAGUUUUAUAUUGUUAUACAAGGAAAUUAACGUUUCCGGGGCUUUUUGUUAGUUUCUGAGGCACUAGCUAGUGCGACCGCGGGGAAUUGCCGCCCUCACCAAUCUGCCACUUAUGAUCCCCUAAAGCAUCUGUCCUAAAGUCACCUUUUUAACACCGAACCUCCUUAACAACUGUUACGUAGUUUGUAUCCCACGCCAGGUCCAGAUAUGUGUCAUCUGCCCGAUUCUAUCGCUGUAACCGUAUCGUGAUUGCAUAUCUGGACAUUAAACUGUACUGGGAUACAGUAUUGUUACUUCACUUCGAAGUCGUCCUCGGAGUCCCAUUAGGGGCUCGGGGUUAAUGCUCUUUUUCUAACAAUGUAUAUCGCUUAGAACAUUAUUUUCCUGGAAAUCGUAAACAUGUGAACAAAAGGAAAUAUCUAGAAACUUUUCGAAGCUCGUCUAUUCCUGGAAUUACAUUUUUGCAUGCUAGGUACCUUUUGCGAUAAACAAACACGUUAGAUCCUACGCUAAGUUCACACGCGUUUAUAAACUUUAUGUUCUUGUAUUAAGGAUCUUUGUAAUAAUAUACAAGUCUUGAUACGGUCGGAUUGCCCUAAUGAUAUAUAUAUCUGAAGUGCUGAUCUAACAACUUAAAUCCGAAAAAACAAAGAAGACGUACACGCACCCCAAAAUAUAAAUUCUUUUCAAAAUUUUCCUCUAUCAAACCCAAUAUCGGUAAUCUUAUUUCAUAGAAUAUUGAUAUUCUAUGAAUAUUCAUCCAAUAUAGGUAGCCUUGGAUUCCAGACGAAAAGAAAGCCUUUUUUAAGAUGUCAUACUUUUUUUUAACUUGGAAACUUCUAUAAAAUCAGGUUCGAGUGUAAUUUUUUGUGUGAUAACUCGUCUUAAAUCGCACUUUGCGAUAAAACUUCAGAACCAACGAAGCGAAAGCUUGCAGGAAAAAACCAAUCAGAACUAUUAAAAUACCAGUAGUUACCAUUCGUUUACGCGGAAAUUCGACGCGGCGCGAAAUUUUACGCCUCUUAGAACAAUAUUUGCUAACUAGUAAUCGAGGAGUCGUUUUGGAGUAUGGAAUACUUGAACAUCGGAGUAAAAUGGAUCUUAUUUCUAUUGUGCUAAAGCUCUAAAGAUGCCUGCAAAAUAAGGUCCAUUUUUCUUUGACGAUACAGAGUUUAAUACUCGAAAACGACUUCUCGAUUGCAAGCAUACAAAUGUUGGCAACUGAAUAUCUGUGAGAGUGCCUAGUGUGAAAUUUUUACCUAAGUUUACUAAUUCUAUCACAUGAAUGUUAACUACGAUUUAAAUGGUAUCAAAAGAUCGCCAUCUACUUACAAUACUGGGAUCGUGUGUAGUUAACUUACACACGAUCGAAUAAGAUAACGUAGGCAAAAAUCUCACCCACAGGCACUCAGUUUCGGGUUUAUAAAGUAGAUGCCUAACUAAAAAAAAAACAGUAAAUUCGGUUUAGUUUUUCCUGCGAUAAAAACUUGUUAACUUUUUAAACAAUAACAGGCAGUUAUUUUAAAAUCUAAGACUCAAAUAUUGUUUAGUAGUAAAGAGUAUAUAUAUAUCGUGAUAAAAAUAUCGCGUCAAAACGCCAUAAUCUGAUUGGUCAAUACUGCCUUUGCUACGUA